AAAAACCUCAAACAUGGCGUCUCUUCAGAAUUCCCAACUCAUCACUCUCAACCCUUCUUCCAUGGCGCCCUUUCCCUUCUAUAAAUUUAAAUCCCCUAAAUCAAUUCUCAUUAACAACCCAAUUUCCCCAUUCCCUCCAGAAAAAACCCAACAAUGGACUCAUCUUCAUCUUCAAUGAACCACACAAUUUCCUUGGAAGAACUCAAGCUGUUCCACACCAUAGACCGAGCCAUCUUCUCCAGGCUUGUUUUGAACCUUCAACGCCAACCCUUCGAGUCAAUGCACGUCAUGGCUCUAUUCCUUUGGCUCGAAAACUAUAGUUGUACCCCUGGUCUGAACCUUGUUUACAAUAUCCAACCCUGGUCUGAUCCACUCAUCAAUGCAUUAGCCGAUGAAGCUGUCCAAUGCUUGAUUUGUUUAAACACCGACGAGUUCCCUUUCAGUCAUUUCCAUGACGAUAAAUGUACAAUCCCGUUGAUUCGAAAGUUAACCGGCAACGAAAUUUCUCUCCGUUUCUUUCACGAAAAUCGUGUCGAGAUUGUUUGUAGGAUCACUCAACUUGUUCGCCACAUUUGUUUAAGAGCCUUCGAUGAUAUAAUGAAAUUGAUUCAUGAUCCAUUGAUUAUGCCUGUUUAUAGUGAGAAGAAGAUGGGAAAUCAGCAAAAUUUGAAGCCAAAUUUGGGUUUUCUCAUUGGAGCUCAAAGGAGCAAUGAAAUGGAGGAUCUCUGGAAAGGUAUACAUAAUAUUAACAUUAAAAGCUUGGAAGAGAAUAAUGGUAAGAAGAAAGAAAAUAAAGAAGUUGAAGCAGAUGAUAGAACUGUUUUCUUAACAUUCUCUAAAGGGUACUCUGUUUCUGAGGCUGAAGUGAGAGACUUCUUCACCAGGAAAUUUGGGAAAAUUUUUGAAGGAAUUGAGAUGCAAGAAGUGGUUGAAGGGGAGCAGCCAUUAUAUGCAAAGUUGGUAGUGAACUAUGGUUCAGACAUUGAAAUGAUACUGAAUGGGAAGCAGAAAGCUAAGUUCUCAAUCAAUGGAAAGCAUGUUUGGGCUCGUAAGUAUGUGCGUAAGAACCAUAAGUCAUCGCCUUCAAAGGUGGAAUCCCAUUAUCUUCAAUGAAAGUUGGUCCUAUUCUUUGGAUGCUCACCAUUCAAAGAUCAGUUUUGUUAUACAGUAUUGUUGUUUUAAAACUAUAAUAUAAUUUUUAAUGAAGAUGUAUUAAUUUGAACCAAAA